GUAACGCUUCUGACCAUCAAGCGAUCUUAGACUACGUCAGGAACCACGACACCACUCAGUUUCCGUGCAAUCUAGCACUUCACAGCACUUGCGAAUAUCUACCCAUCGAAACAUAUACUUUGUUGAAUUUAAUCACUCCCAGCAAUUAGUGCCCCGCGAUUGUCCGCGACAAUGGGAGGUAAAUCCUUUACACUGCCACCAAAACCACCCCAAGAUGAGGUCGCUCCUGCCUUGGAUGGGGACCAUCAGGAUACAGCAGCAGGUGCGCAUGGAAAGAAAGGGGAAGAUGGCAAACCUACCUACAAAUCCUUCAAGUAAGUAACCCUUUCCGAGAGCCGUAUCUUGAUUGCAGGGUGGAAGAACACUGCCUACAUUCUACAUCCGAUCCACUGCCACGAUGACCGACCCAUCCUCCAAACCUCAACUUGCGGAACGAAUUGGGACGAAUACAGGCAUCCGGCCAAACAUGGUUGUAUGGGCUAUACCUGUGACUGCUGUGGAUACAAAUCGGCUCGUCGCAAACACGCUCAACGAACCUGCGAGAAAUGUUGGCCUCUCCCAAGUGCCCAUGAGAGGAAAUCCCUCAGCUACGCACCACAGCCCAGAGGGACUGAUCUCAACCACACAUAUAAAUUUCAACAGCAGACGUAUUUCAACUGUGUCUACCAUAGCAGAUGUGUCUAUGGACUCUGGCAGUGGAUCUUCAGAUGUGGCGGAAUUCACGAAUAACAGCAGCAGCGCCAGUGGUUCAAGGGAGCUAAUAAAGAACCCUAGGAAAAAGUUUCGAAAACUACGAAUCGUAUUUGAUGAGAAGAUGCGACUUAGCAACGAUCUUUAUGAGAGAGAACAGAAGCUAGAGGCUCUGAUCAAGAAGCUCGCUUUGGAAAAUGAGUAGGUACACCCUUUUCCAUGUGUUUCCUUUUCCAUCAGCUAGAGACAACUAACUAACAGCUCCAUUUCAGCCAAAUUCUUGACCUCCUACUUGACAUCAAUGAUUCCCCCCAAAUACCUGCUGAAAAACGGUUCGAUCUAUCAACUGAUGCCCCAGGCGUGCCUUCACUCCACGCAGUUCCUCCUUUGGUCAGCCAUGAGGAUAUCACUAAAGCCGCCGAACUCGAUACUCCAGCUGGUCAAGCGAUAUACAAGGAGAUCCGUAAGAUGCUUGAUGAGAAGACAGCUGCUACUGCAGCAGCUCAUAACGUCGGCAAACCACCAAAACCCCUUUGUAUCCUGGAAGGUACAAUUCCUCAUCUCUCCACGUCGAGUCAGCAACUUCCCAAGGAUUUUCUCGAAACUCUCGAAGUCCCAGAGGGUCAUAGUGUGCCAUUGACGUAUACAACUCCGGAUCAAAUCGAUGACUACCAUUUUGAUAUUGAUGCCUCACUCGGAACUGCCCCACCAGCUCCUCACCCAAAUCCACCGCCAAAUCAAGAUCUUGCUCUUCGAAACCCCAAUAGCGUAUACAACUGGCUUCGCAAGAAUGAACCCAAAGUCUUCCUCCAAGAUAACGAAGGCAGCGAAAAGUCUCUCGGAAAGCCUGGUGCUCUUCGCGGUGCCGGAAAACGUGCAAGUAUGCCUGCGCCUUCUAAGCCAGAUGCUUUAGAGUUUGUGGAAGAAGAUGGCAUUGGUUAUGAUCCUUCGGUGGCUGGUCAACAAGCAACCAUUAAGGGCAAAAGAAAGAGAGAGGAAGGCGAUGAUACUCCGUAUCACGGCAAAGCUGGAAAGGUUGAUGACUCGGGUACGAAACCUAGGGUUAAGCGGGCAUACAAUCGGAGAAAGAAACCCAAAAACGGUGAUGCCGAAACGCCAGUGAAACCUGAGAAGAAGAAGGGAGGUAGAAAGGCCAAAGAGAAGUUGAGCAGUCCACCCCCUGGUCAACAUCCAUUUGGCCCUAUGUAA